GGGUUCAGCAAAAAAAGACUAUCAUUUUGUGGUCGCUUGGUAUAAAAUAGCAAUUUGGCCGGUGGAAGGCACACUCGGUCACAACACUCGUCUCAGUAAACAUCUAAAUUAUCGUACCCUGUUUUUAAGUAUAAUGAACAACUUUGCCGUGUUUUUGGCCUUUGCCUUGGCCACUGUUGCUGUCGCUGAACCACCUUCCGGAUACAAUUAUAACCGUCCAUCGUCCGGUGGUGGCCGCGGCGGACACUCCGGAGGUGGUGGUUACUCCGGCGGUGGUGGUUAUUCCGGAGGCGGUGGCUACUCCGGAGGUGGCGGUUAUUCCAGCGGAGGUGGCGGUUAUUCCGGCGGCGGUGGUGGUUACUCCAGCGGAGGAUCAUCCGGAUAUGCUAGCAGUUUCAGCAGUGCCGGAAGCUUCUCUAGUGGUGGUGGUCUGCAAAAUGUUCCAGUCGGUGGUCAAACCUCUGAGGGUCUGAAUGUUGACCAACAGUUGUUGAAUGAAAUCCGCCAAAUUCUCCUGCGUGAAGAAAGCCAGAGUUCGUCCUCGCAUGGUGGUGGAUUUGGAGGCGGUAUUCCAAGUGGAUCGUAUGGUGCUCCUAGUGGAUCUUAUGGUGCUCCAGCUCCAGUCUACGGUGCUCCAAGUGGUGGAUCAUCUCGUGUCGUUGGAAUUGACUUGGAAGGAGUUAAACAAGCCAUCCAGGUUGCCCAAUACCUGCAGACUGCGUCCUCCUCUGGAUCGUAUUCAUCUGGACCGUCGGGAUCUUACGGUGCUCCGUCCGCCCCAUCUGGAUCGUACGGUGCUCCAUCUCGUCCAUCAGGCUCUUAUGGUGCUCCUUUUUAAAGGUUCAUCCAUAAGCUAGCACAACAACGUACCAAAUCUAUGGUCCUGAGUUAGAAAUAUCUCAGAGCGUCAGCAAAACACCAAAAAGGCGACCUACGAUCAUGCACAAAAUGGAACCGGCCAACGAACAACGGAUUAUGCGAUAAAGUCCAACGAACGUAGCGAAAAAGAUUGUCAGAAACAAGACUUAGAACAUACCACCACCAUUACAAAGAACAAAAACACGCACAUCAAACUAUCACUAUACUUUCUAACGGGUCUGAGCGAGCCAGCGAUUUCCGCGGGUGUCCUUCUCUCCCCUCCAAAGCACUCUAUCCCGCUGCCGAGGGCCGCCUUCUAUGGCAUAACGAGAGGAGGACAGCCGUCGGCUACGCUGGAAAGUAACAGCCGAUGCUGUAGCCUUUGACUUAUACUCCAUCUAGUAACGUAACGAACUCCAAUCAAGAUCUGCAUUAUCAACAACAACAACAUCAACUCAAAUGCAACACCCAUUGGCUACAGCAUCGUUUGUUCCAACGAGAGAGACGUCACGAGAACAACUUUUGUUAUUACUUGUUUUUUAAUCGUGUACAUACUUGAAAUGUUUUUAUCUCUCUUUUAUCUAGUUUAUUUGUUAUAGUUGUUUUUGUACCGAGAAAGUGAAAACGUAACCGAGAAAACGAAAAAAUCAAAAAAAUAAAAAAAAUCGAAAAAUUUGUCACCGUUAAA